AUGGCCACUAUAUCUGCCAAGCCAGAGUGUCCUCCUCUCGAUGGCUCACUCCUCUUUCCAGAUAUCAUUGACUUUCACAUGCGUAGGAAUGCAUCUCUACCAAUUUACAUCUUUCCAGACACACAAACAGGCGCAUUGACUUCCAUUUCCUACCGCGAGUUCGCCAGAGCUACUCAUCGAAUAGCCCAUGCACUCCGACCCAGUCGCACUGGAAUUGAAGGCGAGGUAAUCGCAAUAGUUGUUCACACAGACACCCUCCUGUAUACAACUUUAAUAGCCGGCCUGAUGAUUGCAGGGAUCGUGCCGUUUCCUAUGUCUCCUCGCAACCCACCGCAGGUCAUAGUGGAUUUACUUCUCCGGACACGUUGCCGUCGCGUAGCGUCCAUCACUCCGAACCACGCCGCUCUCCUUGAUGAUGUCCAGCGCCUUAUGGGCAAUAGUGGCACCAGUCUGACAAUUAUCGAGAUACCACCCAUUUCAGAAGUUUACCCUCAUUUGGGCAACGAAUCUAUUGUCCACCCCUUUGUGCCAUACCCUAAGCGCUCAACAAUAGCACGCAUAACCGAAACAAUCUUAUACAUGCAUUCAUCCGGAAGUACCGGCUUCCCUAAACCUAUCGCUCAAAAUCACAGGGGCCAACUUAGCUGGAUGAACGCCCCUCUGUUAUGGCAAUACCGGAACUAUCCAUCAGUCCGUCUUGGCGUAAUGGCCCUUCCCCCGUUUCACAUCUUUGGUGUGGCCGCACAGCUGUAUGCAAUGCUUAUCGGUGUUACAGCAACAUUAUACGCCCCUACGUCCGUGGGAGAUCGGCGGACUCUUCCUACCAUUCCGACAUCAGACAAUAUAAUUCAAUGCAUCAGCCAGACCGGGACCAAUAUUGUUCUUUGCGUUCCAUAUCACCUCGAACAGUGGGCCGAUUCGGAAGAAGCACUAAAGACGCUGCGAAAGGUCGGAUACGUUGUAUAUGGAGGUGGCCCUCUCUCAGAGAAGAAAGGAGACUUUCUUACCGCCGCUGGAAUACCGAUUGCACAGCUUUACGGUGCGACAGAGUGUGGUCCAGUCUCCAUUCUUCCUCCUCGGGACUCAGUUGUCAAUGGCAACCCAUAUUGGCAGUGGGUCGAGUUCUCCGAUACGGUCAAUAUUCGCUGGGCUCCUCAUGAUCUUGAUUUAUAUGAAUGCCAAGUAUUGCGAUCAGACAAACUCCAGCCAAGCAUUGAAAACCUUCCCGAUGUGCAGGGCUAUGCCACUAACGACCUUUUUGUCAGACACCCAACCCAGAAGCAAUUAUGGAAAAUCGUUAGUCGAGCGGACGAUGUCAUCGUUCUAUCCUCUGGGGAAAAGGCUGUCCCAUCGCAGAUGGAGACAAUCAUCAGUUGUUGUCCGUACGUAAAUGGUGCCGUUAUGUUCGGACGUGAGCGAAACCAAGUUGGAGUUUUGAUCGAACCUACCGUGGAUCAUUUCAUUGAUGUGGAUAAUGAGGAACAAGUUGCCCAGUUUCGAAACCGAGUAUGGCCAUAUGUAGAAGACGCCAAUGCAUCUGUGCCGACUUACAGUCGUAUCUUCAAGGAAAUGAUUCUUGUCGCUCGUCGCGACAAGCCUGUAUCCCGGACUAUGAAGGGCACUAUCGAAAGAAAGGCAGCGCUCCAAGUAUACGAGCGAGACAUUAAUGCACUUUAUGACGUCGUCGGACUUAGCCAUGAAGUUGGCGACAGCACCAUACCAUUGCAAUGGACGGAGAACGAGUUAACCUCCUGGCUAUUAUCACAAGCCACGAAUGUUAGGACGGAUAUAAAACCAUCUGUAGAUUUAUUCGCGCAGGGCUUUGACAGCUUGAGUGCUACGUACCUUAGGAAUCGGCUCAUCUGCGCCCUAAGGAGAUCAUCUGAACUAGGAAUUCAGAGCAUUUCCUGCCUCAUCACCCAAAACAUCAUCUUUGAGAACCCCACUAUUCAUUUACUGGCACGGAAGGUUGCUGCCCUUGUUGCAUGCGCGGAUGGGACUUCGGAGUCUGUACAAGACUCGCACGUCCAUGCAGUCGGGGCUAUGAUCGAAAAAUACUCAGCCGGAUUUCUGAAGCUUGACCCUGACUCGAUGGAGAGACCUGCAAAGCGAGCCAGGCUUGAUGGCGGGCGUGUUGUGCUCCUUACUGGAUCGACGGGGACACUGGGAUCCUAUAUACUUGCCAAUCUUCUCGGACGACCGGAGGUCUCGACAGUCUAUGUUCUCAAUCGCUUUUCAGCAGCUUCAGGAACAUACAGCAGUAUGCGUCAGCUCAAAGCAUUCGAGGAAAGAGGGUUAAAUACACGACUCCUAACCUCAUCAAGAAAGAUUUUUUAUCUUGAAGGUGACAUCUCUCAGGACAGAUUGGGUUUGACAGCUCCUACUUACGAACGGCUCAAAUAUUCCGUGACCAUGAUCAUCCACAAUGCCUGGCGCGUCGACUUCAAUUUGGCCCUAUCCUCGUUUGAACCUCAUAUCCGGAGCACGCGGAUGCUUCUCGAUCUCGCGCUCGCUUCUCCGCAUGCCGCUUCUUUGCGGUUCAUAUUCGUUUCGUCUAUCGCAUCCGCAUUGGGUUGGGAUCCAAGUCAGGGUCCCGUCCCAGAGGAACUUCUCAGUGAUCCUUCUAUGGCAAUAGGUUCUGGGUACGGAGAAUCGAAGCACGUUGCCGAACAAAUCAUCGCCCGAUCUAAUCUGCAGGCUACAUCUCUCCGAGUAGGACAGAUAGCUGGUGGGCCUACUGGGGCUUGGGCGACGACUGAUUGGGUUCCCAUCCUUGUCAAGUCAAGCUUGGCGCUCGGUUCGCUUCUUGACCUUCCAGGGGUGAAUCUUUUUUCGCGCGACGCUAGUUUGGUCGUGUCAUGGACACCCGCGGACCGCGUUGCAGCAGCAGCUCUUGACGUUGCCUUGUCUGAGACGCAUGUCCCACUUGUCAACGUCACCCAUCCAAGGCCUGUUUCAUGGCGGACCAUCUUUGAGAGCGUGAGAGAUGCACUUGUAGCUUCUGGCCAAACAAAACAUCCGCUGCCACUGGAGCCCUAUUCAGGGUGGAUGCAAAAACUGGAACGACGUGCCCACGGCGCAAAAGAACGUGAUUUUAAAGAGGUCCCGGCGCUCAAAAUCCUUCCUUUCCUCCGAGGGUUCUUGCAGUCCCAGAAUGCUGAAACUCUUUCUGGUGAUGCGGAGGCGGGUAACGGCCAGCAGUUUGCGACGGACAGGGCUUGUUCACUGAGCGGUACGAUGCGUUUUCUCUCUACACGGGAGUCUGAGUGGCUUGGACCAAGCCAUGCGCGGGCGUGGGUGAAGGACUGGAAAAAUAAGGGAUUUUUUCAAUAA